UGAUGCGGGGGAUCUGCGCUGCUUUCUGUCCGCUAUAUAAACUGCACACAGCGCCCAGAGCUCACAGCUUCAGUGGACAGUUCCGUGGUGCUGAAAUCUCACAGCCACCACACACGCACACACACACACACACACAGUCACUCUCUCUCUCAUACACGCUUGGAGCCAUGGACGGGUUCUCGUGGAAACUUUUUCUACUUUCUUGCCUGGUUGUUGCGCAGAUCUCCGCGCAAGACUUCGGACAGACGCAGUUUAUUUGCACGUCGGUGCCAAAGGAUAUGGACUUGUGCGCGGCCACGAUGCAAAACAGCGGACCGGCGGAGGACCUGAAGACCACGGUCAUGCAGCUACGGGAGACCGUGCUACAGCAAAAGGAGACCAUUAUGAACCAAAAGGAGACAAUCAGGGAACUAACGUCAAAGUUGAGCCGAUGCGAGAGCCAGAGCCUCCCGGCGACAGGACCCGGAGCGAGACGGCCGGGGGCGAAGAACACGAUGGGGGAUGUAUCCCGGGGCACCACGGACACUCUGGCCCAGCUGGGACAGACUUUAAGCACGCUGAAACAGAGACUGGAGAAUCUAGAGCAAUACACUCGAGGUAACAACACCGUGCAGGCGAACAGCCUGAAAGAUCUGCUCCAGAACAAGAUAGACGACAUGGAGAAGCAGGUUCUGUCCCGGGUCAACACGAUAGAGGAGACCAAACCGGGCACCAGGAAUGACACCGAGCAGCGGAACAGAGUGGAGUCCACGCUCACCUCUCUGCACCAUCGGAUCACAGACCUGGAGAAAGGUAAAGAAACCAGGCCAACAGAUAAGUUUCAGCUCACCUUCCCCCUGAGAACCAACUACAUGUACGCCAAAGCCAAGAGGAGCCUCCCCGAGAUGUACUCCUUCAGUGUGUGUUUGUGGAUCAAAUCCAACGCCUCUCCCGGGGUGGGGACACCCUUCUCCUACGCUGUGCCGGGUCAGGCCAACGAGCUGGUGCUGAUCGAGUGGGGGAACAACCCUAUGGAGAUCCUCAUCAAUGACAAGGUGGCAAAGCUGCCGUUUCUCAUCAAUGACGGGAAAUGGCAUCACCUGUGCAUCACGUGGACCACCCGGGACGGGAUGUGGGAAGCCUUCCAGGAUGGAGUGAUGCGGGGGAGUGGAGAAAAUCUGGCACCGUACCACCCCAUCAAACCAGACGGAGUGCUCGUCCUGGGACAAGAGCAGGACACACUGGGAGGAGGCUUCGAUGCAACACAAGCCUUCGUCGGUGAACUAGCAAACUUAAAUAUCUGGAAUAGGAAACUUUCUAUCGCAGAGAUCUACAACUUGGCAACCUGCAACAGCAAAGCACCGGCAGGCAACGUCUUCUCCUGGACAGAGAGCAACAUCGAAAUAUUUGGUGGAGCGACCAAAUGGACCUUUGAGCCUUGCCGUUCGCUCAACUGAACUGCAUUUCACCAUUCCAGAAAAGGCCUCUCUGUAUUUCUGAGCUUUUGUCGUUCCUGUCUUCAUUUUGACGUUUGUUAGAGACUAUUUGAGUUAUUGGUAAGCUUAAAAUCUGGGAUUUCUAUCAUUCUUAUUAGGUAUUUAUAAGCAGAACAACACUUUUCAUCUUGAGAAAAAAAAAA